AUGACAUUCACCGUACCGAAGAAAGGGAAAGCCGAUACCCACCGCGUUCUCGAAACGUACAUGAAGGUAAUUCGUCAGCUGCUCAGAAACUCCAAGCUGCACCCCGACAAGCGCGACGAGGAAGUGCGCGCCAAGCCCGGCGGCCGAGACCCAGCCGGCAAGACGCUGGCGAACCAGGCCAUGGCAAAAGCAGCCGAGGCGUUGGCCCUCGAGGCCCGCGGGGAGGCGGACCGCAAUCGUCGAGCGGCCGAGGAGGUGGAGAAGAAGCUGGAGCUGCUCCUCCAGGUGGAGGACGAUGAAACUAUGGGACAGCUGGCGUUCUGGUACAUGUCUGUCGGCAAGCCGCUGAAAUUAAGCAAAGAGCUCAGCCCCAUCGAGAAAAUCGACCGAGCCAUAGAUCUUGCCAAGCAAUAUAUACAUAUACUGUAUAUUUCAAUCGACAGGAAUAAAUCACUCGAUUUCGCCGAGGAAAACUGCGACCUUGCGCUCACCUUCGUUCAAACGGAAAUGGAUGCACUAUUGUCGAAAAAGGCCAAAAUUGAGAGCCUCAAGUCCCAAAUUGUCGUGGAACGUACCAAGACCGAGGAAGAAAUCUGGAUGGACAAUACGGCGCGGCAGUGGAAGUUAGAAGAUCGGGAGGAGGAGCGGAAGCGAAGGGCUCAUUGA